CACAGCACUUUGAGCCGUCACCGAUGCAAGCGACGAUGGUUGACCAAUAGAGCGAUGCUCCGUCUUGCCGCUACGACCGCGCGGCGCAGCGCUACGGCCAGGUUUCUGGCUUCUGCCAAGCAUGCAGCCAAACCGCGACCGCCUGAGAGGGACCUCUCGUCGCGCCAGCUCUUCGCCGCGUUGGGACUCCGAACCUUCUCGCGCGAGGAGCUGCGCCAGCGCUUCGACGCCGCCGACGCGGACGCCGACGGGUAUCUGACCCGGCACGAGGCCGCCGAGCUCUUCGGCGGCGCUUUAGAUGUGGAAGCGGACCGCAAGGCGGCGGCCCGAGCCGUGCUCCGUAGAUUAGACAAGGACCAAGACAAUAGAGUGUCCUGGGACGAGUUCCGGUCGACCAUUUUAGAGGAGGCCUCUCGGCGCGAUAGGCGCAUCUGGCCUUUAGCAGGUACCAUGUUUCUGGGAGGCUUGUCCGUCGGUGCGGUCAUGCCGAUCAUGCCCAUCCUCGUGAGCGAGUUGGGCUUGGGUCCAGCAGAUUACGGAGUGGUCAUCAGCGCCUUCGGUUUUGCGAAGUUGGUGGGCAACGUGCCCGCCGCGGCACUAGUAGAAUCCUUGGGCCGGCGGCCGCUCGUGGCCGGCGGUUUACUCAUGAUCGCUUCCGGUUAUGGAGUGACGGCCUUCGCGGACUCGACGCUCGACCUGGCCGGCGCGCGAGCGCUCACGGGCUUGGGCGUGGCCGGCCUCGUGACAGGCUCGUCCAUGGCCGCCGCCGACCUGUCCACACCAUUAUCGCGCGCCGCGACCCAAGCUCCCUUAGGUGCGUCCUUCAACGCGGGCACGAUCAUGGGCCCGGCCAUCGGCGGCGGCCUCGCUGCGUUAGUGGGCCCGUCGGCGACUUUUGCGGCCGUCGGCGGCUUUGUGGCGCUCGACGCGAUAUUUGCUCGUGUCAUGCUGAGCGAGACGCGCGGCCUUGGUAGUUUGGAGGACGGGCCGCCUCCUGACACGAACAUAUCUACGAUAGUACGACGUGUCAAGCGCUCGUUGCAAGACUCGCCGGAGUUACGACGGUUGUGUGUCGCGAACUAUGCGUAUUGGGCGACGUUGGCGGGCGCGUCGAUGACCGUGCUUCCAUUAGUAUUAGCGACGGAUCUCGGUGGUUUGCAAGCUCUCGGACCGGGCCAGAUCGGCGCCCUCUUCGCCGGGCAAGCGUGUAUCUCGGUGGUGGGCGCCGUGCCGGCCGCUUCCUUGGCGGACAAGUACGGCCCGGCGACCAUGAUCCCGCCCGCUUUGCUCGUGUACGCGGCGGCCUUCGGCGCGCUGCCCUUCGCUUCCGCGCAUUCCUACGAGGCCGUCGCGUGUGCCAUGGCGCUGCAGGCGUGCGGGUCGUGCUUACUGGGCUCGGCGCCGUCGGCCGCCGCCGUGAACGCCGUUCCGGAUAAAGAUCGCGCCGCGGCGCUGGCGGCUUUGCGCGUCUGCGGCGACGUCGGGCUGCUGACGGGCGCGGCGGCCUUGGGGGGCGUCGCGGCUUGGGCGGGCACGGACGCGGCGUUCUUCUGCGCGUCUUUUGGACUGGUGGCGUCGGCGGCGCGGUUCCGGUGGGCCGCGCCCGUUUCGACGUAAGUUUUGUUUGUUGUAA